AUGAUAAUCAAGGUUUUUGAAGCAUUAGGUCAACUGUAUCAUCCUAAGAUAUUUCCGCAAAAUACAUUUUUAUUUAGAUUAGCCGAAAGUUGUAAUUUGGAAGUUAUUUAUGACGAAUAUCAAACAAAUAUUAAAGCUUGUGAUUCUGGGGAUGAAUCUGAUGAAAUAUUUCGAACCGAUGACAUUGAAAAGUUUCGAAAACAAUACAUUCCAGGUAGAAUUUCUUCAGUUAUUUUAUUUACAAAAGUAAUUACAUAUUCAGCCAUUAAUAUCUUUAAGUAUUUAAUUCUUAAUGGUGUUACUUUUCCAAAGAAUCAAGAUUACGGAAAACUAGCAGUUCGUCAAGGAAAUUUAGAAAUUAUUAAAUUACUUGAACAAUACGGCAUGACAUUUCACAAUUGUUUGAAGAAAGCUUUGUACUGCAGACAGAACAGAUUGAUUGAUUGGUUAAUUGAAAAUUACAACCAGACAAAAAUUGUAAUUUCAAAAACAACAAAUAUCAAAGGUUUGGCAUUUUGUCUUGAGAAUGGUAUCAUCGCUGGUUUCAAAAAUGUCUAUUCUUCGCUUUAUGAAUUAAAAGAUAAAGAUUUUCUGAAAUACGUUACAAAAUUCAAGGUUCCUGAUAUAUCAUUAUAUCGCACACCAUACUUUGAUCCAAUUAUCAUGACUCUUGAGAAAAAUGACAUUGAAUUUUUUGAUAUUUUUUAUGAAAAUAAAUUCAAACUGAAAUCUGCUCCUCCUGAAGAAGUUUUACCAAAUAUUAAAGGUCCUGUAGCUAUAAAAUUGCUCGAAAUGUGCGAUUCAACAUAUACUUUUUACAAAGAAUUUUUCUCAGUUUUAAUUUUGUCAUUAAUUGAAAAUCAAGAUGUUGAAACGCUUCAAGCCAUUGUAGACAAGAAUUUGUUGAAUACUGAUUUCAAUGAACUCGAUAGAAUUACAAUGAAUUUCAGAUAUCGUGUUUUUUCGAAAGUUUUCUCGAAAAACAACCAAGAACUAUUUGAUGUCAUCUUUGAUAACUAUGUUGCAUUCAGUCCAUGUGUUUUAUAUGAAUUUUUGGGUCCAAAUUUUGAUGAUUUUAGAAUUGUUGACAAAAACAGUGUUGAAAUGAUCAAAAAAGCUAUCAACAAGUAUCACAUUUCAUAUCGCAGCUCAAUUGGUUUUCUUUUACUUAGAAAUGCUGUUCUUUCUAAUGAUUUCGAUUAUCUCAAAGAAUUAAUUAAUAAAAAAGCUCCUUUGUCAUUAAUAAAGGCACAACAACCAUCACUAUUAGAAAGAUACUCAGUCUGGAAUGUCCCUUGUAUUUAUGAUGUUGCAAUUUCUCCUGUUAUUUAUCUUGAUGAAAAUUUCACGAGUUUCCACGUUUUGACAGAAAUUAAUAUCAAUCCAAUAAGUGUAGAUAUCAUUAAAUACCUCUACGAACGUGGUAUCACAGUUGAUUUAAAUGCAGAACAAUUGUAUCAGUUAUUAGAAACAAAUGAUGUGUAA